AUGGCUGCAUCUCCACAGAGCGCGACGGCCUCUAGUCCGCUCGCUGUGGGUAGUUCCGAGCCCACCGCAACCGCGAUUCCUGUUGUAGGUUACGAAGUGGUGUUCUCAUAUCACUUUGGCAACUGCUGGCUAAUAGUCACUGCUCUAUCAAAGGACCCAGUCGUCGAGGAUGAGGAAACAACAGAUGCGGAGAUCGAGAGCCACUACUGGGAGACUCUUCUUCUAGGUCACAAAUUAUAUCUUGCGCCUCUUGGUAACGGUCCAUCGAAUGUUCUUGAUGUCGGCACAGGAACCGGCAUUUGGGCGAUAGACUUUGCAGACGAGUAUCCUUCUGCUGAGGUUAUCGGUGUUGACAUUUCGCCCAUUCAGCCAGGAUGGGUUCCGCCCAAUUGCAAGUUUCAAAUCGAUGAUAUUGAGGAGUCGUGGACAUGGUCCAUUGACCAUUUUGACUUUGUUCACAUAAAACACCUCGAGGGAAGCGUAGCAGAUUGGCCGAAGCUCUACACCCAAUCGUAUGCCCACAUGAAGGCAGGAGGUUACAUCGAGGUCAAGGAGAUAGACGUUGAGCUAUGCUCUCAGGUGUUCGUUGACUUAGACGAUGACCACGUCUACAAAAGGUGGGGCAAGAUCAUGCUAGAGGCCAUGGACCGAUUGGGAAAGACGGGAACUCAGAGCCGCAAUCAUGGUAUCGCCAGAGGUCUUGAGGCGGCCGGAUUCGUCGACAUCGUCGAACAGCAAUGGGCGGCACCUGUUGGAGCUUGGCCGAGGGAUCCCACUCUCAAGGAAGUGGGCGCGUGUCACCUCCAAUACCUCGAUCAAUCGCUCGAGGGCUUUGGUACCUUUCUACUCAAAGAAGUGAUGGGUUGGGAAUAUGCGGAGAUCAUGGUAUUCAUGAGCGAAAUGCGAAAGGCAAUCAGAGACCUGAAGCUCCAAUCUUACAUCAAGCUUCAUGUUGUUUAUGCAAAGAAACCCGAGAAGGCUGUUGAAGGCGAAGAGUGA